GUAAAUAAUUCAAGCCAUAUGAAAAUGACUCAUCUCUCUUCUCCUCGCAAAUACCCAUUCAACUACAGCCCACACACAACAUAUAUUAUCCCUCUCCACAAAAAUAAUCAUUAAAAAUUGCAGCAGCUUAAUUAUAUCCUCUUUAAAUCAGACAACCCCAAGGCGUAUAUAUACUUAGUGCUUGCUGCUAGGGCUCAAACACACACCAUAUUUUCAUGUCAAUUUUGAUUUCAAUGGAAUUGGAAAAGGAAAAGUGUGGGCAAGUUAGGUGGGAAGAUAUGAAGAAAGAUGAGAAUUGGGAAUCCAUGGAGUCUUGUUCCUCCUUGAGUGAUUCAGCUUCAGCAGAAGAAGAGGAGGAUGAUGCAACAACUUCUUCAUCUUCCUCUUCACUCUUUGAAUUCACUGACCUCAUGGCUCAACUCCCCAUCAAGAGGGGUCUGUCCAAGUUCUAUAAUGGAAGAUCAGAGAGUUUUGGGUCGUUGAGGAGUGUGGAGAGUGUGGAAGAUCUAAAGAAGAAGGAGAGGUGCAGGAAUAGUAAAAGAAUGAAAUUGUGCAAGAGCUAUGGAAAUCGCCACAGCCUUAGCCCAAACCCUACCAUUGCCAAGAGAUCAUCAUCGCCCAACCCUACAUAUGCGAUCCCUCUAGUUUAAUUUCGAUUGAAAUAUGCAGAUAUGUUCAGCUUUAUAAAUUUUGUGAUCUACAUUUUGUCCUUAUUUGUUGACAUUGUUGUGGAAAUCAAUAUACAAAUUUAGCCAGGUGACUAA